AUGAGCGACAGCGAGGAGGACUCGUCCAGUAUCAGCAAACAAAAGUCCAUUUUCAGCGGAAUGGGCAGGGUGAAGCAGAUCAAUCAUCUCCGUGAAAAGUGGAGUCCCAAGCCCAAGUCUCCGCUGCCUGAUCGAUCUUUCACCGACACUCCACCGUCAUCUCCAUGGAGUCGACGUCCUAGUCCGGUCAAAUAUCCCUCAGAAGCACCAAGCGAGAAUGGUCGACAUACAUUUCGUCGAUCGCAGUCUGUGAGUGGAUCACCAACACGGCAACCUGCAGUCACAAUCGUGGACAUGGAACGAUAUCUCGGCAUCAACACGUGGCUUGAACGUAACGGCAUCAACGUUGCACAAGUCGACACUUCAAGAGCAACUACACCUGAAAAAUCAAAGAACUACGGGCUCUUUGACGAUAUGUACAGCUCACUGGAAGUACUCGAGGCCUCUCUAAAGACAGAUCUUUCCCGCCUUGGACUUGACAAAAGCGCCAACCAGGAAGUUGCAACGCUUUCUUCUCCUGCUCUCUUUGAUUAUUUAACUGUGAUAGGCGCUGAUCUGCUCGAUGUCAAGAUUUGCAAUUACUGGAGCCAACGAGAAAAUGUGUUUGAACCGACUGUCGCGUUCGCGUACCCACCAGAGAGUCAAUUCAACGCAGAGAGUCUUGAGCAUUUUUGUUUUCCGGCCGGAAUUCAGACUACCACCUCGAUUACCAGUAACGAGAAGCCCAGCGAAACGUCAGAAAGCUUCAAGGAAGGCGAAUUCUUCGUUCUUAUGAUAUCGGGCGGAGGUACACAGGGCCAAAGUAUUCAGUUUGCCAUGUGCAUGAAGGGGCUUGUCACGAUUCCCAGUAGUACUGACGACGGCAAAUAUCGACUGCUGCCGAUUUGCUAUUGCGCCAUCGUACAGAUUCCAUUUAUCUCUUUCUUUCGAGCCCUGCUACAGGGAUUACUGGGCAAGUAUAAUCUCCGGAAUGAACUCGGAUCAAGUGGAGACACAGACAGUAGUAGCACUUUGAGUAGCAUUGUGACGGACAAGCAUGCAGGAUUGAUUGACGACAUUUUGCGGCGUCUUCAGAAGAUUUCUCUUCCUGACAAGGGAUUUUCCAUGUCUGUGAAAGUUUUUCCGUCUCCACGCUCAGAAUUGAUACUCGCACGGCCACACAAAGAAAACGCUUUGGACGAGAAGGUUGCGCUUCUGUUGCAGUGGGCUCUCCCGUUGCUGCUGUCGCGCCUGUCAAUUGACCGUCUUCUUCAGAUUUUGAGUCUUUUGCUUCUCGAGACAAAGUUAAUUGUCGUCUCUGACGAGAUCCCGCUCUUGUCUUCGUCUACGUUGGGAUUGGCGUCUCUGUUGCACCCUCUCGUCUGGGCUGGGCCAUUGAUUAGUGUUCUACCGCCAUCGAUGCACGAGUAUAUGGAGGCUCCAGUUCCUUUAAUUUGUGGUGUUGACGAACUUCCUCGCGAUUUUGAGUGCUCUAAAGGCACUUGCAUCCUCUAUCUAGCGGACAAUCGCAUGCAGCUUCAUAGCGAUGAUGAAGUUGCGUUUAGGAGCAUUCUUAUGCCUGAAUCGGAGAAUCUCUCGUGUGAUCUCACAAGAUUCAUCAAACAAACGCUGGGACAAGAGACGGGUGCAUUACGAGACAGCGUGACGCCUCUAUCGACUCAUCUUGUGAUACAUCGAGUUCGUAAACAUAUUGAGCGUCUGAUUAGUAGUUGUACACGCACGAGAGACCACGCACUCGACGCCAGUGAGAUGCGAUUCGUUGAUCAGCUCAUGCAAACCCAAAUGUACCAGAACACCAGGUGCCAACGCUUCAGCCUGCACAGGAUGAAGCUUCAAAAAAGGAAUCUUUACUCAGCAACACUCAACACGAUGGAUUGA